CCCUGCCCCACACGGCUUCCGUACAAGUUUACAUGUGACAACAGAAGGUCAGUCAUGGCAGCCUGUAGCAAAAGGCUCGACAAAUUUAUCGUUUCCCUGAGAUUAUUACGAAACCUGCAGGUGCAAAAUGAACGGUCUAUAUCUACCUCUCUGUGUCGUUGGGCUUCUGAAAAUGACAGUGAAACACCUAACUUCGUCCCUCCGUCCAAACCUGUCAUCAUUGAUAAAACACAGGCUGCAGCAACUAUGCGCAAGUUUCUCAGCCCAGAGUUCAUCCCUCCCAGACAGAGAACAAACCCUUUGAAGUUUUCCAUAGAGAGGAAGGACAUGAUUCGCAGGAGGAAAAUCCUCAACAUUCCUGAAUUCUACGCAGGGAGUAUCCUGGCGGUGUCUAUGGCCGAUCCUAAUGCCACUGGGAAAAUCAACCGCUUUGUUGGCAUCUGCAUCCAGAGGGGUGGAAAAGGGCUGGGGGCCACAUUUGUCCUGAGGAACAUCAUUAAUCACCAAGGUGUGGAAAUCUGCUACGAGCUGUACAACCCGCGCAUCCAAAAGAUUGAAGUGCUGAAGUUGGAGAAAAGACUGGAUGACAACCUGAUGUAUCUGAGAGAUGCUCUGCCCGAGUACAGCACUGUGGACCCCGACAUGAAGCCUGUGCCUUUCUCCCUGACUGGAGAGGUGCCUUUGAACGAGCUUAAGGUAAAGAUGCGCCCAAAGCCGUGGUCCAAACGCUGGGAACGACCCAAGUUCAACAUCCAGGGCAUCCGCUUCGAUCUCAGCCUGGUCCCAAAACAGAUGGAGCAUGCCCAGAAGUGGGCUCAGCCCUGGCAGGAGUACGACAUGCUGAAGGAGUACGACACCUCCAAACUGGAGCAGCAGAUCCUCAGCGAAGUCCAGCAAGAAAUGAGCAAAUGAGGAGGAUUUUCUGUAAAUCUCUAAGUUCCUCAGCUUAACUAUCAUCACAGACUUUUCCAGGAAUGGGAAUUGACUGGUGAAGUUUGCAUGGAUGUGGAACAGGCGGCUCGAUUGGUUUGACUGCAGGAAACCAUUUGGAUGAACUUAAAAGGUGAUUGCACCGUAAAUAAGAGGAGCCGAAAUGGAAAGUGGUCACUGACAUAGCUGUGAUAUUUACCACUAAGCAGAUUGGAUUAUGUAAUAAAAGCUGUUAAACAUG